AGCCUCCAACGAGGGAACAUGCGGGAGCUGCACCUGCUACGUAGCACCUGAUUUCAGGCUUGAUUUAGCUACCGCAGAAGCGACAAGGGUUUUUGCCGUCCUUCGCCGGAACGCAUCGGAUGCGCACUCACGUCGCCCGCUGGGCUCUGCAUGCAUGCAUGCAACGUACGUGAGAUCGAGUUACAAUCGUGUUGAGUAGGGGUGUACCCGGCAGGUGGAACCGGAGGCGGGAAUACAGCACACGAGCGCAUCGGUUUUGGGAAGGCGGGAAGACAGUCAUUGGGGCUUGAGCGCGGGGGAAGGUGAUCAGUUUGAGGAGUGCGGGGAAGACUGUCAUCGUGGCUUGAGGAGUGUGGGCAAUUGUUUGCAUGCACUUGCGUGGGGACUUGACGUGGCCUCGUGUGGGUGGCAGACGAAGGAGGUGGGGGCUUGCGUGUGGGACAAGUGAGCGGCACAGCGCGGGCGGGAAGGGAAGGAGGUGAGGCCACUCUGACCAGGCGGGAGGACGGGGGGACACGUGCCCAGGCAAGGAAGCGGCUUGGCACACAGGCAGGAAAUCGUGGGAAAGUGAGGACGAUGCCCGCGGGCACAAUGUGCAGCGUGUCGGGCAGCGCGGUGCUCCGCACAGCAGCUUGUGCGACUGCGGCGUUGUCCGCACGUGCGCAAGGUGGUCGUAGCUGUCGCGCAUGCAUGUGCGCGCUGCCCUCCGCCUCCCCCGCCACCUCCGGCGGAAGCGCAGGUAGCCGCUUGCGAAUUGAUAGCCAGCACGCUGCGACAGCACGGACGUCUUCGGUGUCAUCGAACGGUGAUGGUAGGGACGCAAGGAUCGCGACUCCGCAGGGGGGAGGCGAGCUGUCAUGCGCAAGGGGGCUGGCUGGGAGAAGGGAGCGGGCGGGGGGAGUCUUCUCGCCCAAUGGAGCGACGUCUUCAGCGAGUCCCAGUCGCUCGAUUAGUCAGGGGGUGGUAGCAAUGGCAUCGGGGGGGUGGCGAUCUUUCUUGUCAGGAUUGGGAGGGAAGAGCGGCAGCGGUGCAGGUUCCGCUGCCUCUUCGGGCGUGCAACCGCAGCAGCAGGCUAGUCGCGCCCUCGAGCCCGACGACACAGUCCCGGCACCCGGAUGCGAGCUCAUCUCGUUCGGAGCAGGGUGCUUCUGGGGGGUGGAGCUGGCAUUCCAGCGCGUGCCAGGUGUCACGAAGACAGCCGUCGGAUAUGCGCAGGGGUUGAUAGAUACGCCUAGCUAUGGAGACGUAUGCAGUGGCAACACGGGCCAUGCUGAAGUCGUUCUUGUGGAGUACGACCCGAAAGAGACGUCUCUGGAAACACUUCUCGACGUGUUCUGGAGCCGCCACGAUCCCACUCAGCUCAAUCGACAGGGAAACGAUGUAGGUACCCAGUACAGGUCCGGGAUUUACUUCUACACACCAGAGCAAGAAGCCACAGCCAAGAAGUCGCUCGAGGAAGUGCAGGCACGGAUUGGGCGAAAGAUUGUGACGGAAGUUCUUCCUGCGAGAAAAUUCUACGCAGCAGAGGAGUAUCACCAGCAGUACCUCUCCAAAGGGGGCAGAUUUGGCCGCAAGCAGUCGGCAGCUAAGGGGUGCACGGAUCCAAUCAGCUGCUAUGGUUGAGACUGGACGAACUGGCAGGUGGAAGGGUCGAAAAAGAGAGAGAGAGAGAGAGAGAGAGAGAGAGAGAGAGAGAGAGAGAGAGAGAGAGACAUGGAAAAUGUAGAGGAUAUGGUACUGGGUCUGGGGGAGGGGGAGGGGGAGGUUAGUGCAGAACUUGAUGGUGCAACUUCGUUUUAGUCUGAUUAUGAAGAUCAGUGUUAAGUUCCUGUUUCCUUGUUAGAAAACGCUGUUUCCUUAACUCGUUAGGGGAGGUCCAUUUCACGUGCAUGCUCAUUAGGAAAGCUCAUGGUAGACAUCUGACGACGUUUGUGUCCAUGGAUGACGCUUGCUCCUUUAAACUCAUUUGCAGCAGCAGCUGUUUGAUUCGCUGCAUUAGGAAAGCUCAUUGUUUGCAUGCUCAUUAGGAAAGUCCUGAUCUGUCCGCUGCACUUGUACAGUGUCCGAAAUGGCAAUGGAACAUUGUGUACAGACUUGAUUUGGUCGAUCACGGCUGGUGCUCCUGUGGAAAGUCCUAAUACGCUUCUUUGCUCAAUUAUGUACUCAAUCGCCACAGAUGAUUUUCUUCGUGUAUGUUUGCGAUUAAUUUCGGCACCGCACUUCAUGCGUGGCACCAUCAACUUGAAGGAUUCGGACUGUGCUUUGCACAUGGGCUGAUUUGACAGUAGACAGUGGCCUAUGAUGAGCCUGAUGACUGUUUGCAUGCUAAAAAUAACCUAAGUCUUUUAUCCUAAAAAUUGCCCAAGUCUU